GUUUGUUUUUGGAUGGGAUUUGUUAUUGUUUCAUUAGCGCAUAUUUUGUUUGAUUUACCAAGAAACGGUGUUCUGAAGAAAUUGCUUAUGAUUUGAACUAAAUAAGCCAGCACAAUGCACGAAAUUCAAAUACAAACUGCGUCGGAUGAAGAUUUCACAGAGGUCAUUUUCCUGUUGAUUGAUUACAUCGUCGAGGUACCUCGAAGUCAGCGAUCGCGAGAUCGGCUAGCAACCCUUUUGAGCCUUUCCCCAGCCGGUGAGGAAUUAAAGCACACACUGAAGGUGUUCGAAAAUCUUGUCCGCAAGUACUGUGUCGGAGAGUUUGAUGAACACCGGCUACGUUCACAAUUGAAACUCCUUCCGGCGAAUCGACAGGACCGAGUGGUAGAGAUAGUGAAUCUCCGUAAACCGGAAAUUGCUCAGCGAUUGAUCGACGAAGUUAACAGGCUCGAAGGAGGCGUACCGCUAGUGGAAUCGUUCGACUGGAACGUCAGCUGGGUCAUGGGAAGCAGUAGUUUGGCAUCAGUACGAAAACAACUCUGUACGGUGUUGCUUGCAUGCCGGGAUGUUGAUUCGAAGGCCAAAGUCAUCAGCUUCGAAAUGAACAGAAAUCAGGUAGAACAAGUCAUAAGCCAACUUGAAACUGUAGUCUAA